UGGCUGGUGUUUUUACCCAUUUAAGGAUCGCAGCGGGCGAUGUUUAAACAGGCGAUGAGACACUGGGAGAACUAUACCUGCAUUACUUUCGUUGAGAGAAAUCCUGCCAAUAGUGAGCAUGACAACCACAUAGUCUUCACAUACCAGGCGUGCGGCUGCUGUUCGUUCGUCGGUCGGAAAGGCGACGGUGCACAGGCCGUAUCUGUGGGCAAGAACUGUGACAAAUUUGGCGUAGUCGUCCACGAAUUGGGACAUGUGGUGGGAUUUUGGCACGAACAUACACGUCCCGAUCGCAAUGAGUUCGUCGGCAUCGUUCACCAGAAUAUUGUACCAGGUCAAGAAUACAACUUCCGUGUUCUCGAUGCAGCUGAGGUGGAUUCUCUUGGCGAGACCUAUGACUUCGCGAGCAUCAUGCAUUACGCGCGGAACACUUUCUCGCGGGGAAUUUGGCUUGACACUAUUCUUCCAAGGAAAGAUACGGAAAGCGGUAUCCGACCGGAGAUCGGACAGAGGAAACAUCUGAGCAAGGGCGAUAUUGUGCAAGCCAACAAGCUUUAUAAAUGCCCCUCAUGCGGCCGGACACUCCUUGAAUCUACCGGUAACUUCAGUUCUCCUGAAUGGCCCGGUCAGUACGAUGGUGAUCAGACGUGUGUGUGGCGGAUCUCUGUUACCCCCGGUGAAACCAUCAGUUUGAGGUUCACCGGUUUCGAGCUAGUCGGGAGUGACGGGUGUUGGUAUAACUACUUAGAAGUCAGAGACGGGCACUGGAGAAACUCUCCGCUCCUUGGGCGGUUUUGUGGAGCUUCUUUACCCGAUCCAAUACUCUCAUCUGACAGCCGGCUGUGGAUCGAACUGAAGAGUUCAGCACAUAGAUAUAGUAGAGGUUUUGCGGCAAACUAUGAAGCAAUUUGUGGUGGUCACAUUGAGCGGGAAUCAGGGACACUUCAAAGCCCAAACUAUCCUGAUGAUUACCAUCCCAGUAAGGAGUGUGUGUGGCUUAUCACCAUGCCAGAGAACUACACGGUUGGACUCAGCUUUCAAUCAUUCGAGAUUGAACGACAUGAGACAUGUAUCUAUGACUAUGUUGAGGUACGAGACGGGCAUGAGGAAACUUCCCCUCUCAUCGGCCGCUUCUGUGGCUAUUUCAUUCCCGAUGACAUCAAAUCCACUGGAAAUAAGAUGAUGGUUACGUUUGUAUCAGACGGAUCUGUCAAUAAAGGAGGAUUCUCGGCAGAUUUCUUCAAAGAGAAGGACGAGUGUGCCCAACCAGACCAAGGGGGAUGUAUGGACGUCUGUGUGAACACCAUUGGAAGCUACCGAUGCGACUGCCGACCAGGAUAUGAGCUCAGCUCUGAUGGCCGUAGAUGUGAAGUUGCCUGUGGAGGUCUGUUUACCGGUCUUCGAGGGAACAUCUCAAGCCCUUCCUACCCUGAGCCCUAUCCGAGGGACAAGAACUGCGUCUGGCAGAUUGUGGCUCCGUCCAACUACAGGAUCUCACUCGAGUUUCUGACCUUUGACCUCGAGGGCAAUGAGGUGUGCAAAUAUGACUACGUUGAUGUCCGUAGUGGCCUAAAUGAGGAAGGAUUACUCCAUGGCAAGUUUUGCGGCAAUGAAAUACCGGAGACAAUCACAUCACGUUUCAAUAAUCUACGUAUUGACUUCCGAUCUGACAACACGGUUGCUAAAGAAGGCUUCUUUGCAAACUUCUUUGCAGAUGUUGAUGAAUGUGAGGAAGAUGAUGGUGGAUGCCAACACAUCUGUACCAAUACACUGGGAAGUUACACGUGUUCAUGUCGCAAUGGAUUUACACUACAUGAGAACCAACAUGGCUGCAAAGAGUCUGGUUGUAGGAGGGAGAUACAGUCAACGACAGGAAUCAUCACAAGCCCAAAUUAUCCUGACAACUACCCAAAGCGAAAGGAGUGUACCUGGCAUAUUUCUGCUAAUCCAGGCCACAAGAUUGUUCUGACAUUCGAUGCUUUUGAUCUGGAGCAGCAUCAGGAGUGCACCUACGAUCGCGUCGAAGUCUUCGAUGGUGACAACGACGAGGGUCAGGUCCUUGGCCGCUUCUGCGGUGCCACGGUCCCUGACUCAGUGAUAUCUAGCAGCAACCACAUGUUUAUUAGCUUCUACUCAGAUGCCUCUGUGUCCAGGAGUGGAUUCUCCGCCACGCAUUCCACGCAAUGCGGUGGCCGGCUCGUCGCAGGUCUCUCAUCUCAGCGACUCUACUCACAUGCCAAUUACGGGGACCAAAACUAUGAGAAUCAGGAGUCGUGCGAGUGGACCAUUGUCUCGCCCGAUGACCAUUUCAUCCACCUCUGGUUCCGAUCGUUCGACAUCGAGCACGAGACCGAAUGCAACUACGACCAGGUGAUGGUGCUUGAUGGCGAUAACCGGGCGGCCGAAUCAUUUGGGCGAUUUUGCGGCCAUCGGGCUCCAGAUGAUAUCGUCUCUACCGGUGAUUCCUUGAUGAUUGUCUUCUCAUCCGAUGAUACUAUCAACAAGAAAGGCUUCCUCGCGAUAUUCAAGUUGACCGAUGGAGAAUUACAGGAGGUUGAAGAAGAGGAAGACAUAUACUACGGAUGAGGACAGAAUCCCAAUAUUUGGAGAAAAACCCUUGUAUCUGGACAUUUUCACCCGCAAACAAAAUAUUUGAAAAGCAGCCUGCACGUCGAGUAUAUGAUAUUUCUACAAAUGAUUGAUGAUUCGAACUGGUACAUUCUUCAUUAGUUGUUUAACCAAGGAAUGGCAUGGAUGAGAGAAGCAAAUUCAAAUUCAAUAUUGUAGAAAUUUACUUUUUAGAGAUAAACUCACUGUAUUUUCAGGGAUUAAAUUCAAUCACCUAAUUAUUAAACACCAAUUAAUUCCUGUGCCAGUUAAGCAUGAAUCAUAUAGCUAAAUAUAUUGAUAGGGGUUAAAAUGCAAAGAACCUUUUUUUGUUAUUGAUCACUUUGCACGGGCUAGGUAUUUCAAUGUGAAGAAAUUCAAUCGGCUAGUGACAAUUUUGACAAAAUGAACACCAAUUGUUUAUAGCCUAAUCCCACACUGCCCCCUCAAAAUAAUAAAUAUUAAUGAUUUUUCCAACAACCUAUCAAUUUUGUAUUAAAUGACAACAGGUUGGGGAAGAUUAAAACAACCCUCAACUUUCUGUGUGAUGCCCAUUUCUAAAAAUACAAAAACAAUAAGAGCUGAAGCAAAAAGAAAUUCCUGUAUAUUUUGUAUCAUCAAGAUGCAAUAAUGUUUAUACUUUCUAACUCAUAUUCAGAUACUGUGUGUGUUCAUUCGCCAUUUAAUUUAAUCACAUAGGAUAUCGUGUGUGUAUCCAGUUGCUCUACGUUGUGGAGCAAGAUUCUAUAUUCACCAAGAAUAGUCAUAAUGAAAUUUGAAACUUUAUUGGCAGAAAAAUUUGCAUACUGACAUACAAAGCUUCUUGGAGAAAACAUUGAAUUAUCAUUAGUAAGCCAUGUUUUAUCUUGUUCAUAGCUUUUACCAGAUAUUUUUUAAUAUAUGUAUCUUCGUCAUUUUAAAAGUUUUUAUUGAAUUAAUAUCUAGCCAAUAUGAAAAUACUCAUGGGCUUGAACGAUGAUCGAGAUAGUUGUUAUCUUUAGCAAUCAUAUUAUAUCCAUGUAUAUUACAUGUUUACUGAAUAAUGACAGGAUUUUUAUCUGUCAUGAUCAAGUUGAAGAAAUCAAGUAAUAUCAAAUGACCGGAAAUAUGUUUUAUGAGAGGUAAAGUUUGCAGAGAGAAUUCUUAUUCGCUUUGAGAACUCUUUUAUUUGAUGUAAUUUUUCAUGUUGAAGUUUCUUGUAGCAUAUUCAUGCAUUAUUUGCCAUGAAUAUAUUUCCUACAAAGGUGUGGUAUUUGUCGACCAAAGAAAUUGAAUUCAAGGGAGAAAGAGGAAAAAUGGUAGAGUAUAAGGCUUUGCAGAUUUAGGUUUAUGAAUUCCAUGUUUAUGACAUAUCUAUGCAAUUUCUUGGGAGGGAAAGAAGUUAUUGAUUUAAGAGGGUUGAACGUAUAGCUUUUUAGGCUAGUGGGCAUUAAUUGGCAAUGGGCAUAAGUUUGCCUCUGGUAUAUGCCAUAACAAGAUUGAACUGUAAAUCAAGUAAUAUCAAAUGACCGGAAAUAUUUUGUAUGAGUGGUAAAGUUUGCAGAGAGAAUUCUUAUUCGCUUUGAGAACUCUUUUAGCCAUUAUAAUUACCUUGAUGUAAUGUUUAAUGUUGAAGUUUCUUGUAGCAUAUUCAUGCAUUAUUUGCCAUGAAUAUAUUUCCUACAAAGGUGUGGUAUUUGUCGACCAAAGAAAUUGAAUUCAAGGGAGAAAGAGGAAAAAUGGAAGCGAGUAUAAGGCUUUGCAGAUUUAGGUUUAUGAAUUCCAUGUUUAUGACAUAUCUAUGCAAUUUCUCGGGAGGGAAAGAAGUUACUGAUUUAAGAGGGUUGAACGUAUAGCUUUUUAGGCUAGUGGGCAUUAAUUGGCAAUGGGCAUAAGUUUGCCUCUGGUAUAUGCCAUAACAAGAUUGAACUGUAAAUACAAUGUACAUGUUUAUUAUUGUGUAGGGUUGUAAUAAUUGUAUAUUCAAUUUUGGACAAACAAUCUCAUGGUCACCAGCCAAGUGUGCUAUUAAAUGGGAAUACAAGUAUUUUGGGGUAUAUUAAUCACCACUAAUUUGGACAUCAAAUAUGUAAAAACGUCCCAAUCAUAUCCUUCAUAUUUCUAUUUCAUGAACUUCCAUCAUGAGUUAUGAUAUUCUUAUUUGUACAGUUUAUGACCAAAUUCUAAAUGUAUCCUAAUUCCAUUUUGAAUGAUUCACACUUGUUUAUUUUUUUCUGUUUUGAAAAUAAAUAACUUGUAAACACAACAUUA